AUGGCAUGGAUCUCAGGAGCUACUGCUGAUUCUCCCUCUGGAAGGGCCACAGUCUGCCACACAGCCACCACUUCCCAAGGAGGGUCAGUGCUUGCUUGGCUUCCCAGCAUCCUGUGUUCCAAUGUGGAGGUGGUGACAUUUGAGGAUGUGGCUGUGAACUUCAGCAGUGAGGAGUGGAGUUUGCUGAGUCCUGCCCAAAAGAACCUGUACAGAGAUGUGAUGGAGGAAACCAUUAGGAACAUGACUGUGAUAGGAGGACUUGGGGAUAUCCAGGAAGAUGAAAAAGAAUGCAAAAUUCAGUGGAGAUACUUAAGAAAUGACAAGAUAGGGAAAUCCUAUGGACAUGCAUCUUGGAGUCAGUGUAAAGAAGUAUAUCUUUGUACUGCAGAAGGUUAUGUGGGUGUGAAAGAAAGAGAAACACAUCACAAUGUUCACAUCCAUGAAAAAUAUUGCAGUGGAGGGAAACCCUUUGUAUGUAAGCAAUGUGGAAAAGAUUUUACACCACGUACAUAUUGUCAAGUACAGGGAAGUCUUCACUCUGGAGAAAAACAUUACAAAUGUAAGCACUGUGAGAAAGCUUUCAGUACACGUACUUAUUGUGUAAUUCAUGAAAAACUUCACACUGGGCAGAAAUCAUAUAUAUGUAAGAAAUGUGGGACAGCUUUCAGCAGUAACAUUAAAUGUCAAAUCCAUGAAAGAAUUCACAUUGGAGUGAAACCCUAUGUAUGUAAGCAAUGUGGAAAAGGUUUCACCCACCUUCGAAAUUGUAAGCAACAUCAAAGAAUUCACACUGGAGAGAAACCCUAUGUAUGUAAGCAAUGUGGGAAAGCUUUUACCACAUGUAGAGAGUGUAAACAACAUGAAAGAAUUCACUCUGGAGAGAAACCCUAUGUAUGUAAGCAAUGUGGAAAAGGUUUCACCCACCUUCGAAACUGUAAGCAACAUGAAAGAAUUCACACUGGAGAGAAACCCUAUGUAUGUACGCAAUGUGGAAAAGCUUUUAACUCAAAUGCAUAUUGUAAGAUACAUGAAAAAAUUCACACUGGAGAGAAACCGUAUGUAUGUAAGCAAUGUGGAAAAGGUUUCACCCAACUUGGAAAUUGUAAGCAACAUGAAAGAAUUCACACUGGAGAGAAACCCUAUGCAUGUAAGCAAUGUGGGAAAGCUUUUACCACAUGUGCAGAGUGUAAGCAACAUGAAAGAAUUCACACUGGAGAGAAAUCCUAUGUAUGUAAGCAAUGUGGAAAAGGUUUCACCCACCUUCGAAACUGUAAGCAACAUGAAAGAAUUCACACUGGAGAGAAAUCCUAUGUAUGUAAGCAAUGUGGGAAAGUUUUUACCCAACGUGCACAUUGUAAGCAACAUGAAAGUACACACUCAAAAUAAACCCAGUGUAUGUAAGCAUCAUGACAAUGGGUUGAGCUCAUAUAUACAUAUUGCAUAAUGCAUGAAAAUCUUCACAGUGAGCAUAAAACUUAUAUGUGUAAGGAAUGUGGGAAAGGUUACAGCAGAAACACUCAUUGUCCAAUACAUCAAAAAGUUCACACUUUUUUUUUGGUCUUUCUUUUUUCUGUUUUAUCAGUACCAGGAAUCAAACGUAUGACUGCCUGCCUUAAGGCAGGUGCUUAUGCCACUGAGCUAAAUCCCCAGCCCCAAAUUCACACUUUUGAGAAACCCUACAUAUCUGAAGAAUGUGUGAAAGCUUUCACUACACAAGGAUAUUGUAAAAUACAUCAAUGGCUUCCCACUGGUGAGAAACCCUAUGUAUAUAACAAUGUGGCAAAGGUUUUACAGCAUACAGUGAUUGCAAAACACAUGAAAGUUCACACUGGGAAGAACCACUGGCUAUGUAAGCAAGUGCAGACACUUACAGCAGCCAGAGUAAAAGUGAAAUACAUGAAGAAACUCACACUAGAGAUAAAUCUUAUGUGUUAGAGGAAUCCUCUCAGCACACAUCAUAAUUGUUACAUAUCUGAAAGAGCUCACUGGGCUGAGAUCCUAUGUGGAUUAGCAAUGUGAGAAAUACAGCAAUCCGUAUUUGUUUUUAAAUACAUAGAAAAAGCGUUACUGGUCAGACAAUUUAGAUCUAAGUUUACUUUAAAAUUCCCUAGGAAACCUGUAGAAAUAAUCAAUACAGAAGUUUGAUGUAAACAUUUCUUCACAAAUUUUCCAGAAACAACAAUCUGAGGUGGAGCUCUCAUCAAGUGCAAAUGUAUGGUUUUCAGUU